AAGAGUAACAGGAACAAGAGAAAAAACCAAGAGGGGCAAAAGAGAGAGAGAGAGAGAGUACAAGUUAUCUGAGCUUGGAGCUCCCACAAAUCACUUUUUGAGCAGAAAGCUCUGACAUGCAGCGGGAGAAAGCAGAGAGCAGAGACAAAGAAAAGGUGUGAGUGGAGAGCUGUGUCAGACGAGACUAAAAGCGAGAAGGUGUGAAGGAGCUUUAGAGGGCAUAAACAAGGUGACACCGAUGGAUAGAGGAAAAAUUGCGAUCCUUUUCCCAAAACAGGGUUGUUCCUCCUGCUACUGCCAGGGUUUACUACUGCUGUGUCUGGAUGGUGCUGUCUUGUAAAGAGAAGGUGUGUCUGAUUCCUAAAAGCUUUUCCACCAGGACAGGAUUACCUUGAGACUGACAUUCUAAACUUCUGAUUGUAGGCCUGUUGGCAUUAAUUUUAUCUCUGGCGUAGUACACUUGCAGAUGAUUCGUCUGCGUUGUCAUGAGAAGAACAAGGCAGAUAGCAGGCCAGCUGCUCUGUCAUUGAGUCGGAGGCGUUGAAAGCUGGUUUAAUGCAGCUACACACAGAUCACAUGCUAUCCUUUGUGAAAAGAGGUAGUCAGAGCUAAGUGCAACCCAUAUUUGUCACAUGUUUUUCUGUCUUGAUUUAUGUUUCUGUAAGAACUCUGUGACUAUUAUGAAGUAAAAUAGUAAAAGUACUACUUUAGGUUCCGCUGUAUAUUUCUCUUUUAAAAAUACGGAUUUGACCUUAAAUCCAUCAAGAAUAGUCCAAACUGGUCUGUUAAGAAAUGAUAUGGUUCAGAUAGGACAAAAGGCUGUGACAGAUUAAUAGUCUUUAGGCACAGAAAGUGAAUAAGUGAGUUUCUGGCAGCACCCGUCAUCAUUUUUGCUCAUUGGGCUGCAGCUCAUUUCACAUUUGCUUCACUUGCCUCCGGGGACAUGUAAUAAGAGACUGCUUACUGAGCAAUACGGCACAGGGCUGGCACGUGGAGAGGUAUAAACUUGCUCUAAGACAGGAUUACGUUAAAUAUUGCAGGUGGAGGACUGAAAAUCACAUUUUGGUGUGUGAGUACAGGCGGAGGACUACUGACUAUCUGAGAGCUGUCAGAUUAUUUCUGACUCAUGGGGUGUUGGAGAAGUCAUACGAGUGUUUGGGGAGCUUUCAAUGCUUGGAUGAGCUUUAUUUAGCUUUUGACAGCUCUACUCUGGACUCACUUCAUAGUGUGGACCAUCAUUGGGUUACCCCUGUGGCUGUCAGAGGCUGGCUUAACACUCGGCGUCUGCCUGCCCACUCGAUUCUCUCUACCUGCCUCUGUGCAAACAAGAUGAGUGUUAUGUGGUUUUCACAGCAGUAGGGACAGCAGUGGUUCUUUCUGGACUCUCCACACUGCUGUAAUUGUUCUGUUGUGUGUAAACACCUUGCGUCAGUCACACCUCUCCUUGGAGUGAUUCACUAUUCUCAAAGCAUCCUCGACUGGAGGCAGGCAGCGAAAGAAAAAGGUGAGGCAGGAUUUACUAAAAGGUUCAGAAGUGGUUGAGUUGUAAAGCUGUCACAAUGAAGGGAUUUUUGGGAUUCUUGCUGCUGAUGGCUGUGCAUAUGCUCGAGAACGUGUCCAGUAUGUCCACAUGUAAGACUUUGGACUUGGAGAUGGUAAGGCAAAAGCGCAUAGAGGCUAUUAGGAGCCAGAUCCUCAGCAAACUGCGUUUGCCUAAAGCUCCUGAGCCAGAAGAAGCUGGAGAUAAGGCGGAUAUCCCCACCACCUUGCAGUCCCUCUACAACAGCACUAAAGACAUGCUGAAGGAGCAACAGAUCGAGGUCCUGAAUACCAUCUCCCCAGAACAGGAGGAGGAAGAGUACUUUGCCAAAGUGCUGAACAGGUUCAACAUGACCAGCAAAAACAAUACAGAAAGGACCAGAACAAUGUUCUUUAACAUUGCUGAUAUACGGAACAGUGUGGGGGAUUUCCACCUGUUAACAAGUGCAGAGCUACGGAUGCUCAUCAAUACCGCCAACAUAAAUGGAGAACAGCGCGUGGAGCUGUACUACAGUUCAGGAGCCUCAUUCCGCUACCAUGCCAACCGCUUCAUGACAAAUUCACUGAAAGACAAAUGGCUUUCCUUUGAUGUCACCGAACCCCUGCAGCAGUGGCUCAAAGACAAAGAGGAUGAGCAGAGGUUCGAACUACGCGUGUUCUGUGAAUGUGAGCAGAAGGUAGCCAGCCAGUUCUCCUUUGGUAUCUCAGGGAUCAGCACGAAACGAGGAGACCAAGGAAGGAUGGAUUUGAUGACGGGUCAACCACCCUACAUCCUGACCAUAUCCAUCCCUAAGAACAUGAGCAGCCACCUCACAUCACGCAAGAAACGCUCCACCAGUGGCACAGAAACCUGCACAGCCCAAACAGAGAACUGUUGCGUGCGGAGCUUGUACAUCGACUUCAGGAAGGAUCUGGGCUGGAAAUGGAUACACCAGCCCACAGGCUACCUGGCUAACUACUGCAUGGGGUCAUGCACAUACAUCUGGAACGCUGAAAAUAAAUAUUCACAGAUUUUGGCUCUGUAUAAACAUCACAAUCCAGGAGCAUCCGCCCAGCCGUGCUGCGUUCCCCAGACUCUGGAGCCGCUGCCAAUCCUCUACUACGUGGGGAGGCAACACAGGGUGGACCAGCUGUCCAACAUGAUCGUUAAGUCCUGCAAGUGUAGCUAAAAAUACAUCAUGGCACACUGCUCUGGGUCUUCUGGAAACAAAAAGCAAUGGAGAGGGUUGUUUUUGAUACCACAGAAACGACAAUGUGAUCCUUUGAAGUGGAUCUCCAGUUUUUUUUACAAGAUUUUCUUUGACCACAGCGGAUUCUCUUGAAACUUUGGACCUCUUUAUAUUAAAAUGAUCAAUAUUUUUAUGUAUAUAUAUUUCUGUUAAGGAAUAAACGAAAACAUCUGCCCUAGCAUAAUUUAAUUUAUUUCCUAAACGGGGAGAUAUUGUAUAGAACUGUCUCAGCUGGACGUAGAGAAAAGAUUAUAAUGACUUAUUACUCAAAGUUUUAACAAAAAAAGCACACAAGGACCAAAAUAACCUUCAUGGAAGAAGUUCUGUUUUCACAGAUGGGAUAUUUCCAUUUACCACAGCAGCUUCCAAAAGAGGUAACAGCAAAACGUGUCAAAUACCAGGUGGAAAACUGGGGUUGUUUGGGAAUUUCCUGGAAGAUAAUACUGCUGCCCGUGCUUUCCGGCUACAUCUUAAAGGACAGAAGAAAAACCCAAAUGGAUAGUCCUUCCUGGGAAAACUUGCUCCGCUUGAAAGGCUGGACGUGUCUGACAAUAUAUUCCACAGGAGCUGUCCAUCUGUCAUAUCAUUUUUCUUUUUCAAACACAAUGUUCUCACCACCGCUCUGUGUUGUCAGAAUGUUUGUGGAAAGACCUGAAAGGCAGACUGUCCUAUUAACUUCCUGGUCUGUAAAGGUGACGGGUAAAAUCCGUGGAUGGGGGAGUGAUGACACCAUGUGGCUCAACCCUUUAAAGAUUUACAGUCUGCAUGUUAGCUUUAAAUGGAGAGGCUCAGGUUAGAGAAGCCAUGCACCAUGCAGGCUUUUUUAUCCAACGUCAAGGUAAAUUGUUUUCUGUAGCUUUGAAAAGGAAGUUUUCAUUUCACUUGAAAUAUAAGUGUUUUUUUAAGCUUUUAAACAGUUUAUUCUAUGAUUUGAUUUAGCAACAAAACCAACAUGCUUUUCCUUUUUCCGUAUUUUUACAUAUCAAAAUGUGUUUGCGAAUAAUAACAAAAAAAAUAAAAUAAACUUCUUUAAAUUAUG